ACACGUGCCAAAUUCCAGGAACAAGCUCUGUUAACUUCACUUGCAGUGCCAGCACAAAGUCUUCACUUCACAACUAUCUAUAUGUCUUUAUUCUGGGACAGCUGCUUCUGGGAGUUGGAGGAACUCCACUAUAUACUUUGGGGACAGCUUUUAUUGAUGAUAGUGUCCCAAAACACAAGUCUUCGCUUUAUAUAGGAAUUGGGUAUGCCAUGUCACUGCUGGGUCCUGCUAUUGGCUAUGUCUUAGGAGGGCAGCUACUUAAUAUUUAUAUUGAUAUCCAGAUCCCAGAAAGUACAAAGAUGGAUCAAGAUGACCCACGUUGGCUUGGAGCAUGGUGGAUACCAUUUCUUGCAUGCUUUUUUUCAAUUUGGCUUCUUAUCAUACCCUUCUCAUGCUUUCCAAAACACUUACCAGGAACAGCAAAACUACAGGCUGAAAAAGUCUCUGAGACUCAUAAUGAUGGAAGUCAUGUGCUUGUUGAGAACAAGAAUAUUGGGAAAAGUUUUAAAGAUUUUCCUGUGGCUCUCCUGAUACUGCUGAAGAAUCCAGUGCUUAUGAGUCUAAUAAUAGCCAGUUCUUCAGAAGCUUUAGUGGCCACUGGCUUUGCCACAUUUCUGCCAAAGUUUAUAGAAAAUCAGUUUGGAAAGACAUCAAGUUUUUCAGCAACUCUUGGAGGGCUUGUAUUAAUUCCGGCAGCAGCACUAGGCCAAAUCAUAAGUGGCAUCUUUGUUUCCAAGUGCAAAAUGGAUUGCAAAAGCAUAAUCAAGUUCAUGAUAGGCACUUGUUCAGUGGCCUUACUAUUAAACACAGUGUUUUUGUUUGCUAAAUGUGGGAGUGAACCUUUCGCAGGUGUCUCUGAAACAUAUAAUGGAACAGGCACACUAUAUAAUUUAACAGCGCCAUGCAAUGCCAACUGUGGAUGUUUGCGAUCUAUGUACUACCCAGUUUGUGGCAGAGAUGAAGUCCAGUAUUUUUCUCCCUGUUUUGCAGGAUGUACAUCACAUCUUUUUAACAACGUGAAGAAGACAUACCACAACUGUUCCUGUAUUGGGAAACCAAAAGGAGAAAAUAGUUCAGAAGACUUUCUGUAUGAAGCUGUCCCUGGGAAAUGUCCAACACAAUGCAAAUUUUUACCCUUAUUCCUGACCUUCUUCUUUUCUGCUAUUGUUUUUACAUUUAUGGCUGUUACUCCAACAACUGUGGCCAUUCUCAGGUGUGUGCCAGAUAAACAGCGCUCGUUUGCUCUUGGAGUACAGUCAGUGUUUCUACGGCUACUGGGUACUGUUCCUGGACCAAUUUUGUUUGGUGUUGCUAUAGACAACAGUUGUACUCUGUGGGAUAUUAAUGAAUGUAAAACUAAAGGAGCCUGUUGGGUUUAUGACAAUGAAAGAAUGGCUUAUCUGCUGAUGGGCAUAAGUGCUGCUUGUAAAAUCGUCACAAUCAUCUUUGUGGUCAUGGCAGUUUGUUUGUAUAAGCCUCCACCAGCAGGUGCAGCCCUGUCUCAAAAGGAUUCAGAAGUGGUGUCUGCUAUACAUAUAUAA